AUGGCUGGCAAGUGCGAGGCAACGGUCUGCCUGUGGUUCCAGGCCCGCGGCGCCAAGGAUAGCACUUCAAUGUGCUGGGACCUGGACGCCCAGUGGACAAACCUUCUGAUCAAGAACGCUCCCAUUUCCAUUGACACCAAGUUUGACGUCUACUGGGACUACGAGAACGAGGCGGAUGAGAAAUCCGCUGUCCUGGUGCUGGACAAAAUCAACGACGACUGCUGGACCCAGUGCAAGGUGAUCUCUGGGUACGAGGCAAAGAUCGCUUGCGAAUGA